UAAGUCAGAUUGCCAGACAACAGGUAUGGUGGUUGAGAAAGACCCUGUUAGAGACCUUCAACUCCACCAAGUCCUCCAUUUGAACGGAGGAGAUGGAGACAAUAGCUAUUCCAAUAACUCAUUACUUCAGAAGAAGGUGAUGUUAAAGGCAAAGCCCAUUCUACAAGAAACAAUUCUGCAGCUGUACGGCAAGAGUUUCCCAGAGUGCAUAACAAUGGCAGACAUGGGGUGCUCUUCAGGACCAAACACUUUCCUGCCAAUAUGGGAGGUCAUAGAGGCCAUUGAUGAAACAUGCCGCAAGUUGAAUCGGAAGCCUCCGAUUUUGCAGGUGUUCUUGAAUGAUCUUCCAAGGAAUGAUUUCAACUCCAUCUUCAGGUCAUUGCCAGGUUUUCAUAAGAAACUUGAGGAGGAGAUGGGUGGCAAGUCUGGGCCUUGUUUCAUAGCUGCCAUGCCUGGAAAUUUCUAUGGGAGGCUUUUUCCAGCUCGUUCCCCUCACUUUGUUCAUUCUUCUUAUAGUCUCCACUGGUUCUCUGAGGUACCGAGAAUUCCACUGAACAAAGGGAACAUUUACCUGGCAAAGACAAGCCCUCCUGGUGUCCACAAGGCAUACUUGGAUCAAUUUGAGAAAGACUUCACAGCAUUUUUAAGAUCCUGGUCAGAAGAGAUGAUUCCUGGAGGUUGUAUGGUGCUUACCAUCUAUGGAAGAGAUGAGAACAAUGAUUCUUCUGUCAAACACAGCCCCACCAUCUGGGAAUUUUUUGGGAUGAUGCUAAAUGACAUGGUAUUAGAGGGAUUGAUUGAAGAAUCGAAGCUGGAUUCCUUCAAUAUUCCAUUCUAUGGAACGUUAGCUGAAGAAGUAAGAGAUGUGAUUCAAGCAGAAGGAUCUUUCACCAUCAAACGGCUUGAAUCCUUCCAUGUAAGUUGGGAUGCAAGCAUCGAUGAUCGUUACAGAGAUACAAUGGAUAAGUAUACGAAAGGCAAGUUCGUGGCAAAGAGAAUGAGAGCUAUUAUGGAGUCCAUACUAGCAAGGCAUUUUGGAGACGAAAUCGUUGAUGUUAUGUUCCAAAGAUUUUCGAUCAAGAUAGGAGAGUACAUGGAAACAGUCAAUGGUGCAUACAACAAUCAUGUAGUUUCCAUGGCUAAGGCAUGAAUCCUUCCUUGGAUUUCUCAGUUGUCAUCGGAUGACGACUCUCUCGGUUUUAAAUAAU